AUGAUGACAAUGACAAGGGACUCACGAUUGACGAUUCAUGAUUGUUCGUGACCUGACCAAUUUUGUUGAUUGAUUCUAAUACAAAUAGUUUACUUGAAAUGCAGUUAAAUUACCAAAAUUUUAUUUAAGAGUCUGGUUGGACGUGUCAUUGUUGGCACUGUCCUCAAACCUAGCCUGUAAAUAUUUAAUAUGGACGAAGCGUCCAUGAAUCGUUAUGAAAAACAAUUAUAUACUGUUUUCAAAAAGUUCGACGUAGAUAACGAAGAAGCCUUAGAUAGAUCAGCAGUUCACAAACUUUGUGACGCAUUACAGCUCGAAGAUCGUGGUGCUGCCCUUGUCAAUACACUCUUCGAACGGCGAUCAGAUCGCGUCACCUUCGCCCAGUUUCGGAACGGCUUGCUUGCCGUGCUGGGUGGUACAGGGGAAGACACCUCGCGCGCCGUGCCUGCACCGCCAGCGCCGCAGCCGCCUGUCGACCCGCCACAGCCCGACCUGCCGCCGCAUCACAGUGACGAGGAUUCUUCUGGCCGCGAAGUGGCCCCUAAAUUUGUAUUCGGGUCCAAAAAGUAUGGACGUCGAUCGAGGCCUUCGCGUUCAGGACCCGCGUUAGAUGAGGUACCGAGUCCGCGCUCCUCUUCUGCGUCUCGCCUCGACACCGAUGAUAAAAGAGCCAAACAGCGAAUGAGAUGCAGGCGAAGUGCCUCUGCAAUGGAGAGUCGUGACGACACAGUCGCUCUCGAGGACGUCAACGAGACAUUCGAACACGACCGGCGUAUAGACCGAGAUGAAGCGCUCGCCUUGUGUCGCGGCCUAAACAUGGAUGGUAUCGACCGGCGGCUUGUAGAGCGCAUAUUCGAUGAUGCUGGAACCACAGACACUACAGUGGGCGAGUUCUUCGAUCGCUUAAACUCGUCACUUACUACUACUAUGGAAGAGGCUACGCGUGAAGUACGAGGUACCCCGGCUAUCGGUGAUAGCGAAGGCGACACAGUCGACGACGAGGCAGCCGGUGGGCUGGCCAGCGAGCUGGUGCUGGAGGCGUGGGAGCGCGCCGGCGUGCAGCAGCCGCGCCGCCUGCUGGCCGAGCUCGGCUUCCCCGCCGCCGCGCUGCGCCCGCCCGACCUCGAGCGCGCGCUGGACGCCGAGCUGCGCGCCCUGCCCGAGCCGCCGCACGACGCCGCCGCGCUGCUGCUGCGCGCCGCCCUGGCGCUGUGCCGCCUGCGCCUGGAGCGAGCCCGCCGCCGCGCCGACCUGGCCACCGCUGAGCGCGACAAGCUCCGCGGCGACGUCGCCGAAGCUAACAGACACGCCAGGAUUCUAGCGCAAGAAGUCGACGAAAGUCACGCUCGUAUCGAAGCCGAAUUGAAAGCGAGCCUCAAACGUGCAGAGGCGCGGCAUGCGGAGACGACCCGCCAGACCGCUGCCGAGAUCACAACCGAGCGGGAACGCGCCGCCGCAGCCCUGGCGCGCCUGGAGGCCGAGGUCGUACGCCGCAUCGACCUAGAGGGGCGCCUGCGCGGUGAAAUAAGUGGACUCCGAGACCGCGCCGACGAGGCAGAGGCCCGCGCUGCGGCCGCGGAGGAGCGCUGCGCGGACGCGGCUCGCGAGGCCGCGCGCCUCGCCGGCGAGCUGCGCGAGGCGCAGGCGCGGGCGGCCGCGGCACAUGACAGCGGCGCCCCCGCGGCGCACGCGGCCGAGCUGCGGCGCCUGCAGCGGGAGUGCCAGCAGCUGCGCGACCGCAACGACGAGCUGUGCGCGGCGCUGGAGACGCACGCGGGGGGGCGGCGCCCGACGAGGGGGGGGGCGGCGUCCGCGCGGGGGGACCUGUCUAGCGAGCUGCACUCUUUGCUCACUCAUGAAAACUCUGAGGAUUGUGAUUCAUCUCCAGUGAGUUUAGACCAAAAGAUUUCUGGCCACGUGGAUGCGGUUGCAAUACUUCGAGAGAUCUGUGAAAUCGUUCGCGACAUCCCCAGCCCGGCGGAGUGUCCGCAGUGCGGCGACGUGGCGGCCGCCGUCCGCCGCCUCCCCUCGCCCCGCGCCCACGCCGCCGCGCAGACCGACGCGCCCGACCACGACCUGCUGGCAGACGCCGAGCGCCGCCAUCGUGACGAGAAACAGAAGCUAGCCGGCCUCAUCAAGGAUCUCGAGGGCAGCCUCGAGCAGAUGAAGGCGGAGUACGACAAGUGCGAGGACUACUGGAGUAGCAAACUGGACGAGGAGCGCGACGCCUGGGCCGAGGAGCAGCGCCUGGGCGACGAGCGCCUCGCCGACCUCGUCGCCAAGAUCGGCGAGUACGAGCGCCAGUUCGCGCCCGCGCCUCCCCUGCCCACCAUCGACGAGCGCCUCAGCCUCGAGGCGCAGGUCACCGACCUGGAGGACGAGUUCCAGCGCUACCGCUCGGACAAGGAGGCCGAGCUGAGCGCCGCGCGCGCCGAGUGCUCGCGCCUGGCCGCGCGCCUGCAGCGCCUCGAGGCGGAGCGCGGGCCGCGCGCGGAGGCGGAGCGCGAGGCGGGCGCGGGCCGCGCGGCGCGCGAGGUGCGGGAGCUGCGCGCGCGCACGGCGCGGGCGGAGGCGGCGGCGCGGCGGCUGACGGCGCGGCUGGCGGCGGCGGACCUGCUGGUGAAGGACCUGUACGUGGAGAACUGCCAGCUGGCGCACCGCCGCCCGCUCUGACGGCGCCGGACGUUCGCCGUGUCGCAAUGUUCGACACGAGUGCCUUCACUAAUUAUUCUGUGCAAGUAGGUACAUAAUCUCACACUCAUGAUCACUAAAGCUAAGCGUCCACUUGUCGGUAUCGUACGCAACGGACGUAUCGCACGC